UGCUUCACGAUAGCCGCCCUUUCAAGCCCGUCGCCCAAAGCCGGGAGAGCCACACUAUUGUGGCGUUGAGUUUUAUUCGCGGUGUUAGCUCAUUUUUAAAUCCUGGAGUGAACAGACCCUGCAAGAAAAGGCAUAAUGUCGCGAUUUUUCGCCACCGGCUCUGACAGCGAGUCUGAAGAGACCUCGUCAGGAGAUGAAGUCAUUCCCAAGCAAGUGGGGACCACCUUCGCUAAGCAGCCUGUGCUGCUGAGUGAUGAUGAGGAGGAUACGAAACGGGUGGUCCGCAGCACUAAAGAUAAGAGGUUUGAGGAACUCACUAACAUCAUCAAAACUAUUCGGAAUGCAAUGAAAAUUCGGGAUGUGUCAAAAUGUUUGGAGGAGUUUGAGCAGCUCUAUAAGGCCUUCCUGAAAUCCAAAACCGUCGUGGAUAAGGAGGGUGUUCCAACAUUUUACAUUCGACUGCUGGCAGACCUGGAGGAUUACCUCAAUGAGCUGUGGGAAGACAAAGAAGGAAAAAAGAAAAUGAACAAGAACAAUGCCAAGGCACUCAGUACACUGCGGCAAAAAAUCCGAAAGUAUAAUCGAGAUUACGAAGCUGAAAUUGUGCGCUACAAAGAGAAUCCAGAGCAGUCAGCUGAUGAGGAAGAGGAACGUGAUGAAGAUGACUCUGACGAGUCUGAUGAAAGUGAGGAUGAUAAGGAAGAUGAUGACGACGAUGUUGGAAUGUCUCCUAGUGCGUUCCUCAAAAAACAACGAGCCGAGCCACCCCUUGACCUAAGAAAGAAGAAAAUUGAGGAUGAGGAGGAUGAGGAAGACUCGGAUGAUGAUGAAGAUUGGGGCUCGGACAGCGAUGACUCGGACUCUGAGAGUGAUGAUGAUGAAGGCAAGCAUACCUCGUUAGCCUCACGCUUCCUUAAGAAGACUACCAGUGAGGAGGAUAGGCGGCAAAUAGAGAAGAAGAAGGAGGACAAAGUAAAGAAAAAGCAGGACCGCAAGCUGAGGAGGGUGGAGGAAGAUGACGAGGAGGGCAUGGAAGGAGAGGGUGAAGGCGAGUGGAAGAAAGUUGAGGGAGGUGCCCCUCUGGUUAAGGAGAAGCGCAAUAUGUUUGCAAAGGGAACCGAGAUCAACAUUCCAGUGGUUCUGAAGAAGCUCAAUGAAAUCCUGCAGGCCAGAGGGAAAAAGGGGACUGACAGAGCUGCUCAGAUUGAACUCCUUCAUUGCCUUUCAGCCAUUGCUGCAGAGAACAAUCUUGGGGAGGGAAUUCUGGUUAAAAUCAAGUUUAACAUCAUUGCCUCUCUUUAUGACUACAAUCCCAACCUGGCAGCAUACAUGAAGCCGGAAAUGUGGGGGAAAUGCCUGGACUGCAUCAAUGAACUGCUGGACAUCCUCUUUGAGAACUCCAACAUCUUCAUUGGUGAGAACAUUGCUGAGGACAGUGAGAGUCUUGCCGUUUCUGAUCAACCAUUCAGAGUUCGGGGAUGUAUUCUAACCCUUAUGGAAAGGAUGGAUGAAGAAUUCACAAAAAUAAUGCAGAACACUGACCCUCAUUCUCAAGAGUAUGUGGACAACCUGAAGGACGAAUCUCGGGUCUGUCAAAUAAUUGACAGGCUAGUCAAGUACAUGGACCAGAAGGGGAGCACAGAGGAGAUUUGCCGAGUCUACCUACGCCGCAUCAUGCAUACAUAUUACAAGUUUGACUACAAAGCACACAACAGGGCCCUUGCUGGCCAGAAGGGGGAGUCCAAGUCAGAACAGGACCAGGCGGAGAAUGAAGGGGAGGACAGUUCUAUUCUGAUGGACAGGCUCUGCAAGUUCAUCUAUGCCAAAGACCGUACAGAUCGAAUCCGCACCUGUGCCAUCUUGUGUCACAUAUAUCAUCAUGCUCUGCACAACCGUUGGUACCAGGCCCGAGACUUAAUGCUAAUGUCUCACCUGCAGGACAAUAUUCAGCAUGCUGACCCACCUGUCCAGAUACUAUAUAAUCGCACCAUGGUACAACUGGGCAUCUGUGCCUUUCGACAGGGCAUGAUCAAGGAUGCCCACAAUGCUCUGUUGGACAUCCAGUCCAGUGGACGUGCCAAAGAACUGCUGGGCCAAGGCCUCUUGAUGCGCAACAUGCAGGAGAGAAACCCAGAGCAGGAGAAGAUUGAAAAGCGGCGUCAGGUGCCCUUCCAUAUGCACAUCAACCUAGAACUGCUAGAAUGCGUCUAUUUGGUGUCUGCGAUGUUACUGGAGAUCCCUUAUAUGGCCGCUCAUGAGUUUGAUGCUCGACGCCGUAUGAUCAGCAAGCAGUUCCACCACCAGCUGCGAGUUGGCGAGCGCCAGCCUCUGCUCGGACCCCCAGAAAGCAUGAGGGAACAUGUCGUAGCUGCUUCUAAGGCAAUGAAAAUGGGUGACUGGAAGAUCUGCCACUCUUACAUCAUCAACGAAAAAAUGAACGGCAAAGUAUGGGACCUCUUCCCUGAGGCACAGCGUGUCCGUGAGAUGCUGGUCAGAAAGAUCCAGGAAGAAUCUCUACGUACCUAUCUCUUCACCUACAGCAGUGUCUAUGAUUCCAUAAGUAUGGAGAUAUUGGCAGACAUGUUCCAUCUGGAGCUACACACCGUGCACAGCAUCAUCAGCAAGAUGAUCAUCAAUGAGGAGCUCAUGGCCUCCCUGGACCAGCCCACUCAGACCGUCGUCAUGCACCGCACGGAGCCCACGUCACUGCAGAACAUGGCCUUACAGCUGGCUGAGAAGCUCGGUGGGCUUGUGGAGAACAACGAGCGAGUGUUUGACCUCAAGCAGGGCAUCUAUGGAGGAUACUUCAGCAGGGAUCAAAAAGGAGGCUAUCAGCAGAAGCAGUCGUACCAGAGAGAUCAAAAAGGUGGCUACCAGCAGAAGCAGGGCUACCAGAGAGACUACCAGCGCGACUACCAGAGAGACUACCAGCGAGACUACCAGCGUAGUUACAGAUAAAUCUUACCGAGUGGCUACCGGGGCGUGAGCAGAUCUUCUUUCACCUUUCACAGAGUGUUGCUUUCACUAUUAAUAAAAGAUGUGACGACA